AUGUCAAACCGGAGAAGGGCGCACGGGUUGAUUUUGCUGGCGCAGAUCCCAAGUCGACCAGAAGAAAUAGAAGAAAAACAGUCAUGGUGGGAUGAAGACGAGGAUGAAGACACAUAUUUCGAGUCCCUUUCCAACUCCAUCCAGCGUGCAAGCUGGGUGCAUCCAACUCGAAAACUAGAAACGACGUUGGAAAUGUCUCCCGGCGUACAAGCAGUGACUUCCGAACUCAUAAACCCAACACGUGUCGACAUAUCUGCGCAACUUCUGUCGCAGCAUUCUCUUUGA